AUGAAGCUGGUGAUGCAAAUCGACGUUGAAAUUUAUAUGAUUUCCUGGUAUGCAUCUAUGACUGCCAGUCCCAUAGCAACAGGAACGGCUCUGCUUUCCCCGGAGCAAAUCAUGCUCACAGAAAUUGUCGAUGCCAUCACAGUCUCCUGCUGCACCCAGAGGCUCGGAACCUCGAACAUAACACCUCACGGAUCUCUUAAAGCAGUCAUUCACUCCGAUAAGGGGAACUUACUUGACAGUAUGUGCUGUUGUGCCGAGCAAAUCUUCAACGAAGCUGAUAGAGACCUGCUUACUCACGCACGCCGACGAUUUCGCUGCUGA